AUGGAGACAACCAGUGAUACCACAAAAAUCCUGGUGAAGGGUCCUGAAUACCUUCGAAGGCAAAUGGAACUGGAGAGUGAAACAAAAGGACAUAAGAGUGCUGUGGAGAGGCUAGCUGCAAGUAAACCAAAAUAUGUCAAAAGCCAACAGGUGGUCAACUCAACUCAGGAGCUGGUGAUCAGUCCUGGAUCACCUUCUGUGAGCAGCACAGAGUUGUCUAACCACAACCCAAGCCGUGGUGAGAGUCUCCUCAAGGGGACCAAUUCAACAGUUGGUAUACAAAUUUGCUCACCGGGACAGGUGGGACAGGUACGUCAGGCAAGCUCCAAAAAACGACGAGACUCUCUUUUACUUUAUCGACAGAAGUGUGACUUACUGAAGGGUGCAGCAAAUGACCAGAAAUUCCACAUGACACCUAAGCUGCUGCUCAGCUCUGUGAAAAAAAAUGUUCCAUUACCUGAGACAGAUAAGGACGACUUUGAUGCUUUUUUCAAGUACUGCGGGCUGGACGGUGAGGUGAUUGAGUCUCUGGGGAAAGAGAACUUCUCUGCACGCUCAGAUGAAAUUGAAAUAAACAUCCGGAGUGUCAGUGUCUCCACAUCAGAUGGCGGCUUCUCCGAGAACAGCGGUGACAGUGACGGGCUACUGGAUGCUCAGUUACAGGAAAAGGUACAACAGGGGACAUCAGUUAUUGAGCGCAAUGCACGGAUUAUUAAAUGGCUGUACAGCUGCAAAAACGCCAUUGAAACUGGAAAAACAUUACGAGACCUUGACUGA